GGCGAUAACACGGAAUUAGACACGCGGGCGCGGUAACCACGGAAUCGUCAACACGACCGCCUCUUGAAUCUUGUCCGCGUUGUCUUAGACUAAAUGAACAAUCCUCUGCCCUGCAACCUCAGGUCUGAGGCCAACAAGGCAGCCAAGAUCCUGCAUGAGUUCACACAGAUCUCGGCAAGAAAUGGCCCGGACAAAAUCAUCCCUGCCCACGUGAUCGCCAAGGCCAAUGGGCUGGCCAUCCUGUCCGUGUUCAAGCUGGGCUUCCUCGUGACGGCGCGGGGAGGCAGCGGCAUCGUGAUCGCUCGGCUGCCCGGCGGUGGCUGGUCGGCUCCGUCGGCGAUCGGCAUCGCUGGGCUCGGCGGAGGAUUCGAGAUUGGCGUCGAGGUCUCGGACUUGGUGAUCAUCCUCAACACCAGGCGGUCGGUGGAAGCGUUCACGAAAGGAGGCAACGUGACGCUCGGAGGAAACCUAACGGUGGCGAUCGGUCCCUUGGGCAGGAAUGCGGAGGCGGACGUGGCGCUGCGCAGCACGUCGGCGGUGUACACCUACUGCCGGUCUCGCGGCCUCUUUGCCGGAGUGUCGCUGGAGGGCUCCUACCUGGUGGAGAGGAAAGACGCCAAUCGCAAGUUUUACUGCGCCGAGCUGCGGGCGAGCGAGAUCCUCGCGGGGGAAGUGAGUCCCCCCAAGGCGGCAGAGCCGCUGUACGAGCAGCUCGAGAACUACCUGAUAGAGGCCGACCAGGACAUGCUGCACGAGGCCACGAAGACCUCCCGCAAGAAGUCCCACCGAGACGUCCCGCCCAAGCCCAGGAAGACGGAGAGCGUGCGCUCGCAGGCGAGCCGCCCGGCCGCGUGGCAGUCUGUCCGCCAGAAGCCGUCGGGGUCGUGGUCCCGGGGCGCCGACGGCGACUCUCAGGCGGCGGCGGCGGUGGUGGCGGUGCGCCCCUUCAGGGGCCAGCUGCCCUGCGACCUGAGCUUCGGGUUGGGCGAGCGAAUCGAAGUGGUGACCCGCACCAAGUCCCGCGACGACUGGUGGGAAGGCCGCCUGCACGGCCGCCUCGGGAUCUUCCCCGCCACAUACGUGCGGGACUGCUAGGCGACGGGCGCAAGCGGUGGCGGCAACGUAUCGGUGACGGUGCAUUGACAACAAUGUAUCGACGAUGAUGUGUCGGUGACGACAUAUCAAGGACAAUGUAUCGGUGGCCACGUGUCAAUGACCACGUGUCGAUGGCCGUGUUCGUGGUCUGGGUGUUUUUUCUGGAAGCUGCUGGAUUUUAAUGCGUUGAGAAUAAACUGUGGGGAAAUAUAGCGCCAGUUACUUUGCAACCUGUACACGUAUGUAGUAGCACUUUGUGUAAACUGAUGACGAAGACAGACGUAUAUAUAUUCACGGCUUAUUAUCAUUUAUUACACCCAGAAUUCUCUUGCAGUGCCAUGAGAGGUUUUAUAAUUACGCAAGUGAACACAAUAUUAUUAUGGGUUGUUUUGAGAAACAAAAUAUAUGAGCUGAAAUGUUUUGUAAUAUAUAUGCAAUACAGUAUAACAUGCUAUAUGCAAUAAAUACGGAGUUUAAUUUCUUG